AUGGCUAAACGAUUUGGAUCUACGGUUUUACUAGAUGAACCGUUUGAAUGGUCCGACGAUAGUAGUUUGGAAAUAUUUGCGGACGCGAUCGAGGCUGAUGGUGAAAGUUCUAUGGCAAGGUCAAGGCGUAAAGUUGUUAACCGCAACCGUUGGGAAGCUGGAGAAAGAUUGUUUCGCGACUACUUUUCUGAUGAACCGAAAUUCGAUGAUGACUUUUUCGAGGAUAGGUAUCGUAUGCCUAAACGUUUAUUCUUAAAGAUUGUUCAUGAUCUUGAGUCGCGGUACAAGUAUUUUCAGGAAGGUUACAAUGGUAGGAUGAUAAAGAGUUUUACCACGAUACAAAAAUGUACAUCCGCCAUUAGGCAGCUUGCAACCGGUAACCUAUCGGAUGAGUAUGAUGAGUACUUGGAGAUGGCUCAAAGAACGUCACGCGAAUGUCUCGAGGUUUUUUGUGACGCAAUUGUAGACACGUAUGAGCAAGAAUAUCUGCGUAGACCAACAACGCAUGAUAUUUUGCGGUUAUACGAAGCACAUGAGGAGAGACAUCACAUUCCCGGUAUGUUGGGCAACCUAGAUUGUACACAUUUCGUAUGGAAAAUGUGUCUAGUUGAGUUGAGGGCCAGUAUAAAAGGGCAGUCUCCAUUUUUCCUCCCCGAGCGCAUGGGCACGACGCCUAACUGCCCAUUCAGUGUGAAUGAUCACACGUACCGACGUGGUUAUUAUCUAGUGGAUGACAUAUAUCUUAAAUGGUCUACUUUUGUUAAAGCGUACAAGUAUCCAACCGUUCCGAAAGAGAAAAAGUUCAAGCGGUUACAGGAAUCAGCUCAAAAGGAUGUUGAACGUGAUGACGGUCGCGCUAUCAGUCCGGUUCAUAUUAGAGAUCCUCGGGUCCAACCUACCAGUCAGCAUGAUCGUUUACAGGAGAUACGGGACGAGGAGACACAUUUUCGGCUCUGA